CCUUGCAGUUUCCCUAUAGAUUGACGCAGUAUGUUUACCUUCUUCUGAUAUUUUAUUGGUCAAAGCUUAUUAUUAAGUGGCAUUCUUCCUUCAAGUGAAAGCAGUCUGUCAAUUGUUGAAGAUCAGGUCACUUGAGCUUCUUUGAUUCAAGUCCAGAACAACACAAGACGGAGAACAUGUUUAUUCUGUUAUUGAUGAUUGCAUCUGCUUGUGCAUAUAGUUGGCCAAGUGGAAGGUACUCGAUUCCGAAACCAAAAACUGGAUGCCCAUCUGGAUGGGCUGAAGGUGUGAGGUACCAGGACAAUGAAGAUAACAGAAAUAUAAACUCUGUUUCCCCAAAUCCGGGCCAUCACUUCUUUGGUACUUUUAAUUCAAACACAAAGAUGUAUUACUGUACAAAAACAUCCUACAGCGGAUCAAGAACCUGGCCACAAGGAAAUUAUUGUAUUGCGAGAUAUGGCGAUUCGUGCCCUUCAGGAUUUUGCACUGGCUAUAUCUAUUGGGACGACGAGGAUAACGUAAAUAUUAACUCAAAAGGUGGCGUUCUUCCAGAUGGAGUCUACGACAGGAAUACAAAAAUAUACUACUGUUGCAGGUCCGAUGGAUCUGCCUACAGCAGAAUAAACAUGCCAGCAAAUCAUCCCUUCUACAUGUACAAGUACACAUCGAGAUGCCAGCAUGUACGUGGAAUGAAUGAUACUGUAGAAUCGGUGAAAAUGGACGACGAGGAUGACAGGAACAACAGUAGUGAUAAUGGAUGUCAUCCAAGGAAAACUGACACAACUGAAGUGUUCUACUGUUACUAUUCUCCGAUACCUUCUAAGUGAUAAUAUUCUCCCAUUGUUGGCAUCCUUCAGAUAACAAUCCUUCACCAAAGUGACAACCUUUAUUUUUGCUUUUAAUCUUUACUUCAUAAAUUGGUUUGCGUUUCUAAGAGAAUGACUUCUUGUUGGACUGUGUUAUUUGUUUUAAGUAUGUUUCAAUGCAUUAAAACAUAGAUCUCUAA